AUGUCCUGCAACAUCAGCUCCCGGUGCUUGCCUGCCUGUGAGGUUACGUGCCCACAGCCCUGUGCCUACAGCAGCAGCCUUGGGCCUUGUGUGGUAUCAUGUGGGGACUCCAGAGCCGUGGUGUACGCCCCACCAGUUGUCCUCACGUUCCCUGGCCCGAUUCUCAACAGCUGCCCCCAGGAAAGCGUUGUGGGAACAUCAUUUCCCCAGCCCUCUGGAGCUUUGACCUCUGGGAGUUCCUAUAGGAUCGGGAGUUCCAUUGGUUCUGGGGGCAUGUCAGGAAUGGGGGGUUCCUUUGGACCUGGAGGCUCCUCAGGGAUGGGGGGUUGUUACAGCAGGAAGUCCUACAGCAGCAGCCGUGGAUCCCGCCUUGGAAACUGUGGCUCAUUUUAA